CUUAAGGAAUUGCGUGAAAAACUUGCAGAAACCGAGAAAGAAGGUGGUCGCCGCAACAAGACUCAGUUGAGCACUUUGGAGGCCAGAAUAUUGGCGAUUGACGAGCAGUUAGAGUUGGAGAAACAAGAAAAGAAUACUGCUCUGAAGAACAGCCGAAGGCUUGAAAAGAAGUUAAAAGAACUUAUGCUUCAGUGA